AUGGGUAUAAUGACUACGAGGAAAGGGCCAAUGCAACGGUUCAAUGUUGAAUCUACUUUGGUCGUACCAAUCGUCUGCUUAUGUUGGUAUAGUAUAUCUUCAUUUGGUUCUCAAGUUACCAAAAGAAUAUUGACGGAAUGUCCGAUGCCAUUAUUCUUGGGAGAAUUUCAAUUCAUUUUCAUUGGGUUGUCUGCUUUCAUCACUUGUUUUGUUGGUUACUAUGUCCCUCCCAUUAGGAGACUGUUCCCUGAAGGAAUCUUUCCCAACUAUUCGGAUACUGGUACAAAGAUUAUUCUGCGACCAUCGAAAGAUGUAUUAUACACUGUAUUUCCUUUGGGCCUGUUCCAAUUCAUAGGGAAGUAUUAUGGGCAUCGUGCUACGUCUUUGGUUCCCGUGUCUACUGUAGCAAGUGUGAAAACUUUAUCGCCCAUCUUCAUCAUUCUGGCACAAAAACUACUAAAGCGGAACGAAUUGAAGCUAAACAAAGCAAUAUAUUUGAGUUUGAUGUGUGUCAUGUUGGGGGUGUGGGUUAUUGUUUAUACCGAUACCAAGAAUCUGGCUCCGAAAAUUAAUAGUGCCGAAUCCGAUGAUAAUACGGGUAGUUCAAGUUAUUAUGGUAUUUUAUUUGCAAUCUUAUCAAUGUUGAUUUUUGUUGGCCAAAAUAUGUAUGCCAAGAAUAUUUUCACUUAUAGGACGAACGAAUUGCCAACUACGAAUAAAUACGAUGCCACUUGGCAAAAGACUUCACCAAAAAAAUACGAUAAAUUGACACUCAUGAUGUACAUUUCCACUGUUGGGUUUUUGUUGUCUAUAGGUUGGUUUGUCACUUUAGAACUACCAACGCUGUGCAGUAAUUUCUUCAACGAACCUCACGACAUUGAAAUCCCUUGGAGACUUAUUAUGCUUAAUGGUGUUCUGCAUUUUUUGCAAAGUAUGAUAACGUUUUAUCUAAUCGGUGAGAUUUCAACUUUAUCAUACUCGAUUGCAAAUAUUAUGAAAAGAAUUGCUAUCAUAUCCUUCAGUUGGAUGUAUACCUCACAUCAUAUCACGUCCGUGCAAUUAUUGGGUAUGGUACUUAAUGUUACCGGUCUUUUCUUUUAUAAACGACUAAUGAAAUUUAAAAAUACCGAAUAA